GCUCAUACUUGCCAAUUCAUCAUUCAGGGUGUUCUUUCAUUGUUCUAAGGAAGUAGCAUGUCUACUCAAGUCUCAGAAUGUCCUCUCGUCCAAAUUCCUAAACCCGAAAAUCGCCCUAGGGCGAAGUUUCACCCUAAUAUUUGGGGUGACUUAUUCAUUACCUACACUCCGGAAGAUGAGGUUUCACGUGCCUGCAAAGAGAAGCAGGUUGAAGAUCUGAAAGAGGAGGUGAGAAGGGAGUUAAUGGCUGCUGCUGGUAACCCUUCCCAAUUGUUGAACUUCAUUGAUGCGGUGCAACGGCUUGGGGUGGCAUACCACUUUGAAAGAGAGAUAGAAGAAUCAUUACAACAUAUUUAUGAUAGAUUUCAUGAUGCCGAUGAUACAAAUGAUGAUCUCUAUAAUAUUGCUCUUCGAUUUCGACUACUGAGACAACAAGGGUACAAUAUUUCAUGUGGUAUAUUCAACAAGUUCAAGGACGAAAAAGGUAGCUUCAAGGAGGAUUUGAUCAGCAACAUACAAGGCAUGCUGGGCUUGUAUGAAGCUGCACAUCUCAGGAUUCAUGGAGAGAACAUACUUGAAGAAGCACUUGCUUUCUCCACCACUCACCUCAAGGCCAUGGUAGAAAGUUUAGGAUACCCUCUUGCAGAACAAGUUGCUCAUGCCCUGAAGCGGCCCAUUAGGAAAGGUUUGGAGAGGCUAGAGGCAAGAUGGUAUAUAUCUAUCUACCAAGAUGAAGCUUUCCAUGAUAAAACUUUGCUAAAGCUGGCAAAAUUAGAUUUCAAUCUAGUGCAGUCACUGCACAAAGAAGAGUUAAGCAAUCUUGCAAGGUGGUGGAAAAAAUUAGACUUCGCUACAAAGCUACCUUUUGCUCGAGAUAGAUUGGUGGAAGGCUACUUUUGGAUAGUUGGGGUGUAUUUUGAGCCUCAAUAUUUAUGGGCUAUACGAAUUUUAACCAAAAUAAUUGUCAUGACUACGGUUAUAGACGAUAUCUAUGAUGCAUAUGGCACACUUGAAGAAAUAAAGCACUUCACAGAAGCCAUUGAGAGGUGGGAUAUUAACAGCAUAGAUCACCUUCCAGAAUAUAUGAAACUCUUCUUUGUGGCACUCUUAGAUGUGUACAAAGAAAUUGAGGAAGAGAUGGAGAAAGAAAGAUACCAAUAUCGGGUUCACUAUGCGAUAGAAGCAAUGAAGAAUCAAGUUCGGGCUUACUUUGCUGAGGCAAAAUGGUUCCACGAACAACACAUUCCAACAAUGGAAGAGUAUAUGAGUGUUGCACUAUCAUGCUCAGGUUACUCCUUGCUUGCAACCUCGUCUUUCAUCGGAAUGGGAGAAAUCGCAUCAAAGGAGGCCUUUGAUUGGGUGAUUAGGGAUCCUAAGAUUAUUAGAGCUUCAACUGUAAUUGCAAGGUUCAUGGAUGACAUGAAAUCACAUACGGUAUGGUCAAUGUACAUGUGUUUGCCUCCAAAGACAGGAAAUUGAAGUUUGAGCAAGAGAGAGUUUCACAACCAAAUUGUGAAUGUAUGGAUGGACAUUAACCAGGAAUGCCUCAAACCUACUGCUGUUCCAAUGCCUCUCCUUACUCGUGUUCUCAAUCUUUCACGAGUCAUGGAUGUCAUUUACAAGGAGGGAGAUGGCUACACACAUGUUGGGAAAGUGAUGGAGGAUAAUAUUGGAUCUGUGCUCAUUGACCCCAUAAUAUGAUCAAAUGGACGUUAUUUAUAAUAAAUCAUUGUAAUAAGGUGUGUGAGAGAGACAUUACAUCUUCUGUUUGCUUC